UUGUAUUAUUUUGUUUCAUAUUUUUAUUUAUGUGAUGUAUAUUUUGGAUCAAAAUCUUUUUUAUAGUAAUAACUAAAGAAAAUUUUGUAUGUGAAAUUACCAUAUUUUGUAUUUGGACUGAAAAGAAAUCGUGUGGUACUAAAAGGAUUAUUAAAAAAAAUCACAAAUAUAAAACAUUAGCAAAUAACAAUAGUUUAGGAGUGUUCAAUCUGGUAAAACUAAACCGAACCAAACCAAAAUAGUGAAAAUAGUCUCGAUUUGGAAGUACUGAGGAUUUUUUUUUUGAUCGAAGGAAGUACUGAGGAUGUUAUGUUUAGAAAACAUCAAGUAUAUGAAUAUGGUUCAAUAUAUUAAGGAAUCAAACCGAAUAAACAAAAGAUACCGAUUAAUUCGGAUAUAUUAGUAUACUUAUAUAUAAAUUUUAUAAUAAUUUGUAUUUGAUCAAUAUUUUCAGUAAAAAUCAGAGAAAUUGGCUAUAAUAUUAGUCAUUAAAAUUAUAAAAUGAGAGAAAAGUAAUGAUGAUAUUAUCGGUAGAUAUUGUUAAUAUCUAUUUAUUAAUUCCUAAAUAUCAUGAUAAUUAUAUAUUAAAAUAUAUUAUUUAAAAAUAUUAGUAUAUAUAUAUAUAUAUUGGUAAAAUAUUUAUAGAUAUCAAAAUAAAUAAAUUAUAUAAUAAAAUUAAUUAAACUAAUGAUUUAUCCUAUAACUAUGCAAAAUAUGAAAAAUAAGCAAAUUAACUAAAGAAACUGAUUAAUUCUGAUAUAUUAGUAUACUUAUAUAUGAAUUUUAUAAUAAUUUGUAUUUGAUCAAUAUUUUUAGUAAAAAUCAGAGAAAUUAGCUAUAGUAUUAGUCAUUAAAAUUAUAAAAGAGAGAAAAGUAAUGAUGAUAUUAUCGGUAUAUAUUAUUAAUAUCUAUUUAUUAAUUAAAUGUCCUAAAUACCAUGCUUAUUAUAUAUUAAAAUAUAUUUUUUAAAAAUAUUAGUAUAUAUAUCAGUAAAAUAGGUUCAUAUUUAUCAUGAUUUUAAAUAUCAUGAUAAAUAUAUAGAUAUCAAAAUAAAAAAUAAUAAUAUUAAUAUUAAUUAAACUAAUGAUUUAUCCUAAAAUCAUGGAAAAUAUGGCAAGUAAGCAAAUUAACUAAAAUCAUGGAGAAGAUGACAAAUAAUCCAAAUCAUAAUUAUAUAUUAAAAAUAUAUUUUUCAAAAAUAUUAGUAUAUAUAUAUAUAUUGGUAAAAUAUGAAAAUGCUUAUUAAUUAUUUUAAAUAUCAUGAUAAAUAUAUAGAUAUCAAAAUAAAUAAUUUAAAUAAUAAUAUUAAUUAAACUAAUUAUUUAUCCUAUAACUAUGGAAAAGAUGAAAAAUAAGAAAAUCAACUAAAGAAACUGAUUAAUUCAGAUAUAUUAGUAUACUUAUAUAUAAAUUUUAUAAUAAUCUGUAUUUGAUCAAUAUUUUCAGUAAAAAUCAUAGAAAUUAGCUAUAAUAUUAGUCAUUAAAAGUAUAAAUGAGAGAAAAGUAAUGAUGAUAUACCGGUAUAUAUUAUUAAUAUAUAUUUAUUAAUUAAAUGUCCUAAAUAUCAUGUUUAUUAUAUAUUAAAAUAUUUUUUAAAAAAAUAUUAGUAUAUAUAUCGGUAAAAUAGGUUCAUGUUUAUCAUGAUUUUAAAUAUCAUGAUAAAUAUAUAGAUAUCAAAAUUAAAAAAAAUUAAUAGUAAUAUUAAUUAAACUAAUGAUUUAUCCUAAAAUCAUGUAAAAGAUGACAAGUAAUCAAAUUAACUAAAAUCAUGGAGAAGAUAACAAGUAAGCAAAUUGACUAAAAUAAUGGAGAAUAUGACAAAUAAGCCAAAUCACUUCAUAAAUAAUAGUAUAGAUCAUGACAAUAAAAGAUAAUUGGAGCUUAUUGAGCACCGGGACAAGAUAACUUUACCACAACUAUUGGGAAGAUAUCAAAGAUGAUGCGACGAAGGAGAUUGCUAGUUUCGUUGAAACAAGACAAAUGGAUCACCAAUUUAGCCACACUAACCUUUGCUUUAUAGCGAAGGUAUAUCCUCCUGCUAGUAUGAAGGAGUUUAGGCCCCUAUAGCACUUUGUAAUGUAGCUUAUAAUUAAGAUCAUUAUUUAUGUAUUGGUUAACCGGCUUAAAGAACAUGUGAGCAAUAUUAUCUCUGAAAAUAAAAAUAUUUUUAUUGUAGGGAGAAUGAUUUCAGAUAAUAUUGCGAUAGCUCAUGAAGUGUUUCACAGUCUUAAAGCUCGGAAAAGACAAGCUACUUCGUAUAUGGCGGUCAAGACAUAUAUUACCAAGGCUUAUGAUAGGUAAAAGUGAGAUUUCUUAGCUGCGACAAUGAAAUUUAUGGGAUUUGAUAGUAGAUGGAUCGGCUGGACAAUGAGUUGUGUUACUGCAGUGAAAUACUCAAUGCUAGUUAAUGGUACACCAGAAGAUUUUAUUACACCAGCUCGUGGUCUGAGAUAGGGAUAUCCGUUGUCCUCAUACUUGUUCAUACUUGUGCAGAUGUUCUUUCACACCUGAUGACAAGAGCGAUGAGGAAUAGAUCUCUUUUGGAAGUGAGAAUAUUAAACAACGCACUAGUGGUCAACCACUUAUUAUUUGCAGAUGAUUCACUAUUCUUCUCCUUGGCUAAUGAGAAGGCAGCUAAGAGGCUUAAGCAUAUAUUUGGGAUCUAUAAAGCAGUGUCAGGGAAGCUAUCAAUCUACCCAAAUCAUCUAUCAUUUUUUGGAGCAAAGGUCAAUUCUAUAGUAAAGACAAAAAUGCGCCAUCUGUUAGGUAUAUAUAAUGAAGGAGGAAUUGGUAACUAUUUGGGACUGCCAGAACAAUGGAAUGAGAAGAAAUUGUGUGAAGUUAUCAUUGAUGAAGAUGUAGACAAGAUUCUUGCUAUUAAGAUAAGUUCUACGGCACGUCAAGACUUAUUGGGUUGGCAUUACAAUGAAGAUGACAUCUACACUGUGAAAUCGGGUUAUUGGUUAGGAAUUCAUUUACCAACAAAUGCUGCACCAAUACCGACUCAUGGACUUGCAAAGUUGAAACACAAGAUAUGGAAGACAAAAGCUCCUGCUAGGCUAAAACAUUUCUUGUGGAGAUUUCUAUCUAAGAUUCUUGCGACUGGUAAUAACCUGAAGAGAAGGCAUAUCGUUCAAAAUGAUCAGUGCAGAAGAUGUUGUUCUGCGGCAGAAACAGAGGAUCAUAUUUUCUUUGAAUGCCCCUAUGCUAAGAAGAUAUGGCGAACAUCCGGAGUUUCUAAACUCACUAUUAACAACCCGAAUUACACUGUUGAGAAAAUAUUGAAGCAUGUCUGCAAUGUUCUCUAUCAACUCAGUUACAACAUCUGCAGGAUAUACCUUUUUGGUUGCUAUGGAGAUUAUGGAAGAGAAAAAACACUUUAAUAUUCCAGCAAAAAGAAACACAUUGGAGAAGUCUACUGAGGUGUACAAAAUAGGAUGCGAGAGAAUGGAAACAAAUAGAUAGCAAUGUAGAUAAUGAUCAAGCAGGACGAAGACAGAACUUCCAAGUACCUACUAGACUACAUUGGCAAAGUCCACUCUUGGAUGGACUAAAUGUAACACGGAUGGUGCUUUUAAUCAUCUACAAAAUCAGAAUACGGCUGGAUGGGUUAUUAGAGAUGCAAAUGGGACUUACACAGGAUCAUCUCAAGCCAGGGGAAAAUGAAGUCAUGAUGCUUUGGAAUGUGAAUUACAAGCUAUUCUAAUGGCUAUUCAGCAUUGAUGGAGUUUGGGCGAUCGACGAAUCAUCAUGGAAAAUGAUUGUCAAAAAGCAAUAGAUAUUUUAAAUAACAAGAGCCUUCACUCUGCAUAUUACAUUUGGAAAAGAUAUUUUUUUUGGUGGGCAAACAUGUUCUAAGAUGUCAAGUUUCAGUAGACUAAUAGAAAUGCAAAUAAGGUGGCAGAUCGUCUAGCAAAGCGACUUGAGAAUGGAUUUGAUUUUACAUUUCACUUUUAUGUACCACAAUAAUUGCACGAUCUGUUGCACUAUGAUACAUUCAAGUUAGCUUAAUAAAAUUUGAUGUUAUUAAAAAAAGAGAUAAUUGGAUCAAAACCCACAAAAAGUAGGAAAUUAGGUAAAUACCUAUAACAAUAAAAAAAUGGAGUUUCCAUCCCACUAUAUAAAAGAGACUAAUUUAGGAUGUUAUAAAGGAUGCCACAUGAGCAAAAUAUUCUCAGUCAUUCAUUCUGCCACGUCACUGGCAACCCAGACCAAGAAAUCGUAAUUGCAGCCCAGCCCGUUAAACGUCUUCGCGCACGAAAUUGCUGUCUCCGUCUCUUUGCUGUUGGGCCAGAUAAAAAAAAUUCCAAGCCCAUCCCAUUACCCGUUAUCGCCUUUCGCUGAAGCCCAUCCAAUUCCAUGAUGUCUUGCGCUGAAGCUUCCUCAUCCUCGCAGUUAACCCUAACGCCGUCUCCCCCAUUUCUCUUUCACGCAUGGCGAUUCUCUUCGUCUCCCCCAAAUCUCCCCGCAAAACGCCUCCGAUGAAAGGGCUUGAACUUCAAUGUUCUCCCUUAAAGCCUCCAAUCAAGAUCAUGACGGACUUUCCACAUCCCCCUCCGCCUUAUAUCUAUCUUCCUAUUUAUACCCUUAUCUCUCUUACCUCAGAUCAUACCUUUAAAUCUCUUACCUCAGAUCGUUAGCUCUAUACCCUAAUCAUGUCGAAAGAGACCGCAAUCCGCACCGGCGAAUCUUCUCCUCCCCUCCUCUUCCGACAAGUUUCACCCGGACCCGGCGAUUCGACCCUGCAGUUUCGGCUCCUUCAUUUCUGGGAUGCUCGGAAGAAUGUCAAAGGAGGACCAGGGAUCCUUCUUGGGAUCGAGAUGCUGAUGAUCGAUGCGGAGGGUACUUUGGCUCAGGGGUUCAUCGGUCAGAACCAUCGCAACCAGUAUGAGAAAGAGCUCCAGCGUGGGAGCAUCUACACGCUGACAAACUACUAUGCAUCCAACAACAAGGUGAUGUACCAUGUUGCUGAUCAAAGGCUGGUCAUUUGCAUCUCACACGCUUCUGCCCUGUCGAAGGAUGAAGAAGACAUUGAAGGCAUCUUGAGACAGCAGUUCAGGGUCCGUUCCUUCUCAGAAUCUGAAGCCAACUGCGAUCUCAGAGGCGAUCUUCACGAUGUAGUUGGCCACCUUAAGCUGGUUGAUGGCCAGGCUCUCCAUGAGCGUCCGGUUUUGUGCACCAAUGAUGACUCAGCUUCUCGGAAAGUGAUGGUCCAUCUGCAGCUUAAAGACGGUCCAGUGAUGAACGUCUAUCUAUGGGACGAGGCCGCUGAAAGUUUCUGCCUCAAGUUUGACGGAAGUGCAGCCACUCCAACUGUUCUAUUAGUCACAACGGUCAAUCCUAAGAGGCUCGGUGGGAAAUUGUGCCUAAGUUCAAUGUCCUCUUCAAGAGUGUUUUUGGAUGAAGAGGUUGACCCCACCAAGGAAUACUUGGCCUGGUUGGCCACAAACCCUUCUGUAACUUCUUUGGUGAACCCUGUUGAGGUUGUCAAAGCUGAGACUCUCACAAUAGGUGAGAUUGCCGCCUUCCUCAAGCAUCAGCCUGCUCAGGUUGCCUACUUUGACUGCAUUGCCACAAUUGAUGAUGUCAAGCUUGGAACUGAGUGGUACUACAUUGCUUGCAAGGAUUGCCAGACCAAGUUAAACCGUGGGCCUACAACGUUGCUUUGUCCAAAAUGCGGGAAUGAAGAUGCUACUGCAGUAGCCAACUAUCGGUGGAGCUGUCUGUCUAUGAUAAUGAUGAGCAUUGCACGUUCAUCAUUCUCGGAGAUGCUGGGAAGGAUCUCACAGGCAGGAAAGCAACAGAGUUGAUCGACGCUUAUGUUCAGCGUCUUCGAAGUUGAUGAAUGGUGGAGAUGCGGCUGAGCUUGAAGUUCCACUGCCACAGUGUUUCAUUGAUACAAUAGGCCAGACAAAGAAAUUCAGGAUCAAGGUGACUGACUACAACUUCACUUCUACCAAACUGUCCUUAACAGCUACCAAGAUAGUCUCAGCAGCAGAGUUACCACCAAAGAAUCCCCCACUCCAGACGCCACCAGUAACUGAAGUGGAGAACACAGAGUUGGCUGAGAGUAGUGGUGGUGGUGCUUCAGCUAUAGACGACCAGAAGAAAGCAAAGCGUACCAAGCGUAGUGGCUAGAUCACAUGCAGAAUGGGUACUCCAUCAGUGGCUGGUACAGACUGCCCAGUCAGGAUGAUUCUCUAAUAACAGUCUACUUAUCUCUCUUUAAACAGUUUGUUUUUGCUUCUUGCUGAGACAGUUUAGUAUUGGAGUUGGUUUGGUUUUCUUAUUUGAGUUGUUUGUUUUUAUUCACAGCUUCGUUAUGAAGUUUAAGAAUGAUCAGUAUUAUCAUAUUAAAGUGGUUUGAUUUUCAUUCCUAACUUAUUUAAGUUGUUUGGUCAGCAUGCAUUUUGCAUACGUAUACGUACUUAGGAACCUAAUGCAUGCAUGGAUUGUUUAAUGUCCAUACUAAAUUGUUAUAUUAUUCUUCUCGUGGGCAACAUUUUAAUCUAAUUAAGAAAACUGUAAUAUUAGCUGACAUUUCAUAUACGUAUGGCAUAUUUUAAAUGUCAGUUAUGAGUCAAAUAGUAUCUACUGCAUUUACUGACAAUUAAAUUUAAUAUAUUCUGCCAUUAAGUCAAAUGAAUGACGACAUUUAACAUAUUAGAUGCAAAAUAACAUCAACUAUUCUAAUCUCAAAAACACAAGUCCAUCGCCCCUUACUUUGCAGAAAUUCACGAGCCACUCAUCAGAUUCAUUCCUAUCAAUCCGUGGAAGUUCUGUCUUUUCAAAAAGUAAUCCGUGUAAGUGAUUUUUUUUUUUAAAGGAGUUGAUUAGAAAGUGCAAAGGUUAUUUUUUUGAUAUUCUUCAUUUUGUUAAAGGAACAGUUCUCUCUCAACACCAUGGUCAAACCACCCUCCAAAGAUCCUCCAAUUCUAGGAGGUAUUUUGAAUUUAUAAAUUCUUUUUUGAAUUAACACUUUAUUAUUAUUGAUAUAUUAAUUUAAUACUUUAAUCCAAAUCUCUAAUAAUAACAAAUAUAAACAUUAUUAGUAUUGAAAUAUUUCAUCAAUAUAAAUGUAGAUUUUCCUAUUAUCUAGAAGAUGUUUUUUAUUUUAUAAUUCUAAUUAUGUAAAAAACUACAUGUGUUUUGGUAUAGGUAUUAUUAUAGAAACGUGUUGUUCGAGAAAAAAAUAUUGUCUUACAGAACAAAAUAUAGCAGAGUUAUUUUGCUAAUUUUGUAGUCUUUAGAAAUAAACAAUAAUGAAGGUGAUGUCUUGAAGUGAAAUAUUUAAAAAGUAAAUAACUAAAUAUUUUCAGACUUACAACAGAAAUCCUACAACAAAAAUUCAUAUUUAUAUUUCACAUUUUCAAAAUAAAACAUCAUCAGAACUUAUUAUUCGACCAAUACUAAAUUUUAAUGAAUAAUAAAUAACUAUUUUAACAUAAUGUUGACAAUUACUCCUUAAAUUAUUAGUAUCCAUAUAUUUCAUCAAUAUAAUUGUUUGCAAAUGUAGAUUUUCCUAUUACGUAGAAGAUGUUUUUAAUUUUAUAAUUCUAAUUUACAUCCUAUUAAUUUAUCAAGUUCUGUACGUAAUACAAUUAUUUAAUAUAUUUGUGUACUCUUUAUAAUCAUAACUUUAUAUUUUAAUAUAAUCUUCUUUCCAAUAUCAGAGUCAUCAAGUUCAAACACAACGAAGCGUAAACGUGGACGGCCGCUAGGAGUACGGAACAAAGUAAAAGGUUUGCACAAAAUUUAAUCACUCAAUCCAUCAAUGUUCUAUAUAAUUUACUUAUUAAAAACCCCAAACAUAAUAGCGACAUGUCUCGACUACUUGGUCCAACUUUUAUGAUUUCAUUUAUUUAUUCUUAUUCCUCCCAAACAGCUCCAGCUGCGGCAAUGAUGCCAGAACAUUUUGCCCCACAAUACUUUGACUGUGAGUUAUCCAGCUAUAUCACACUAAAAACAAAUUCUAUAUUAAUAUAUUUAUGAUGGUUUUGUGAUUAUACUAAGUUGACACAAAUAUUUUACUAACAAUGCUUUUAUGCGUAAACAUUUUACCCUCCAUAGGUGGCUGCGACAUUUGCGCAUUAUAAGGUACAAACAUUCAAAAUGAUAACAUUUUUCUCUAUGUUAAAUAUACCAUCUGAUUAUUAACACAUAAUUUAAAUAUUAGUACAUGCAGUGGCAAGAACAAAUGCCCGUGCCAUGCGAAGGGCAAUAUUACUAUCAAAGCGUACAUCAAGAAGGAUAGAAGGUAAGCAUCAAAUAAUACAACUACAGCUUCACAAUAAAAAAAAAAAAAUAUAUGUGGAGUAACCAACAACAAGUUUUUUUUAUAGGACCCAGCGCAGCUACGCCCGCACGAAAUCAUUGAAUCGGCAGAGCUAAAGGAAAAGGUACAUAUUUUCCUACUUUAGAUACAUUAUAUGUUUACCUAUUAAACCCCCAGUAGAUUUAAAGUAAAUUAAAGUGGACAAUUCUCAUAAAUAUAAAAUUUUUGGAUUUUAUUCACAAAAAUUGACCCCACAAGGAAAAUCACCAAAAUGUCAUCAAGAGUAAUGGAGUCUCCUAUGUCUCUCAUGUCUCUUACAUACUUUGUCUAAUACCCUAAAUAUUUAUUAAAAAAAUUAAAAAAAUUAUCUUAAACCAUUAUUUUAAGAUAACAUGUUCUCAAAUUCGAAUUUUAAAUAUUUUUCCUUCCGAAAUUUAAAAUUUUCCAAAUAAAAAAAAAUUAUUCCUCCAAAUUUUAGUCACCUAAUUUGAUAAUAGUUUAACAAAUUAUUUUAAAAAUUAAUUUCCCACCUAUUGAUAUUUAUCAAUUAAUUUACAUAAUUUUAAACUUCGAUCCCAAAUACUGACCUCUUGAUUCUUAACAAUAAGUUUCAAAUUAGGUUACCCCAUGAAUAUAUUUGUAUGCUUACUUUCUAAUGAAACAUUUUUCCUGUAAUUUAAAUAUGAAGAUAGGUACAAAAACAAUUUUAUUAAGGAGUCGUUUAGAGAAAUCUGUUGAACACA